UCCAGAACUAUCAGAAUUCAGAACUCAAAGUUUACGCUAAAAACCUGCUGCUAUUCUCUCUGUGUGUCUAUUAUCGGAGAUGUCUGCUGCCGGAGAAGGUGAUGGUCCCGCCGUCGAACUAAGGGUGGAGGAGACCAAAGCGAUAGAGGAGACUAAGCCAGUGAAGGAGAAGAAACCCAAGGCUCCUAAAGAAAAGAAGCCCAAGCAGGCCAAAACAGCUUCACAUCCUCCAUAUUUUCAGAUGAUUAAGGAGGCCUUGUUGGCUCUGAACGAGAAGGGUGGUUCAAGCCCUCACGCCAUAGCUAAGUACAUGGAAGAGAAGCACAAGUCGGUGCUCCCUGCGAAUUUCAAGAAGAUUCUGGGCUUGCAGCUGAAGAAUCAAGCUGCGAAAGGGAAGCUUGUGAAGAUCAAGGCUUCUUACAAGCUAUCUGAAGCUGCGAAGAAGGAAAGCAGAGCCAGUGUCACGAGGGGCACCACAGAGAAACAGAAACAGAAACAGCGCCCAAAACGAAGCAAAGUCACAACUGCCGCCGCCGCCACUCCAAAGGGCAAGAAAACCGAGGCGGUUAAGAAGGUUGGGCCGAAGAAAACGAAGAAGGUGUCUACACCAUCGAAGCCCAAGCAGCCCAAGUCCAUUAAGUCUCCUUCCAAGAGGGCUAGGAAAGCUACUGCUGUUGCCGCUUGAUGUUGGGUUAUGAUAUGGUUCUUGAUUAGGGAUAGUCUAUUAUAUAACAUACAGCUGUUAAUAUGAAAAGUAAUGUCCUAUCCCUUUUACUGCACAAUCUUAAUGUAGAGUUCGCUGUAAUAUGGGAUCUAAUGGAGCUUAGUUUGUUUUUGUUUUGAAUCAUCCUUUUGUUAUUGA